AUGUCUAGAGCAUUCAAUGUUUAUGAUGGGUGCUCACUGUUGUCUUCAUCGUCCGCAAAUGAAAGGCAACAGCAGCGUAAAAUGUUUUCUCCUAUAGGACUACUAAAUGAAGAUUAUGUGACAGCUCCUGAAUCUAUUUCUCAGUGGUUUAGACGCAUUGUCUUUUUUCGAAUUAUGGGAGCUUGUGCCAGCUUUUCCAUAUAUUGCAUGGUAGUAUACUUUAUUGCUGUUUGCGUUUUACAAGCUUCAUUAUUUCAUCCCAUUCAGGCAUUUAUCGACUGUUAUUUGUUAUUAUUUUCGCUUCGAAGUUCAUUUUAUGCAGUGCUCUUCGCUCUUCUUAGCGCUACACACACUGCCUUGUUUGGAUUGUUUGUUCUACGGUUCAACAAUGAAGAUAGAUUGUCCUUUCGAUCUGUAAGAUCAUGGCUCAUUUAUAUCCUGUCACUGAAUAUUGCUUUAUCACAAUUUGGAUGCUUAUUAAUAGGUUCUUAUGCACAUGAAUUUUCAAGAUUUUUUUUCUUCAUGCUGAUUAUUACACAGGCUGCCGCUACUUUCCAUGAAAUAUUUCACACCAGUUAUCGCUUGGUAUUUCCAGUAAUUGAGAUGCGCCCUUCUAUGCAACUUAGUUCCAUUCUUUUGCCUACAACUAAAGAUAUUUUAUACAAUAAAAUCCCUCGUAUUUUCAAGUGGACUGCACUACAUUCACUUAUAUUUGGUUUACCAAUAAUUGGUUGGUCACUAUUUCGAAGUCUUUUUGAUAUCUCUUUGUACUUCAAUAUUUUUGUGCUUUUGAGUGUCUAUUUGGUUUUGCAUAAAGUUUCUAUAGGAUUAAUAAAAAUCUUCCUUCUUCAGACUUGUGAAUUUACUAUGCCGCUGCCAUUUACUACUUUGAAUCCACCAUCAGAAGUGCAUGGGACGCUGCUGGCUGCCCUUGAAUUGACUGGAAUGAUAAAGGCUUUCGCUUUCUGGGAUUUGCGAACAUUGAGUGCUGCAUGCCACCAUCGACGUCAGAUCAUUUUUUCUUUAAGUCAACCAGGUGGGCAUCCUCGUAAUUGGAAUGCUGUGCAAUCUUCGUGUCAUAAUCAAAUUAAAUAUUUGAGUUCUCUGUUUGAAAAUGAAAAUGAUCGUAUUCGAUCAGAAGCAUUUGCGAAUGUGGCUGCUCCUCUGUUACCUGCAUCAGAUGGUAAACGACCAGCUAUUUUGUUUCAGACAGCGUGGCUGAAAGAUAACGUGAGACAACGUAUGCUUUCAAAAAAUUUGCGAAAAGAAAGCAGUUCGUCAACUUCUUGGUUAAAAGAUUAUUUACCACCGUUUAUGGACAAACUCAAGUUGCUUAUGAAUAGCAACCGUCAUGUUGUUUCACUUUUCGACGUUUAUAUUGGUAUUCUUGCUAUCGAAAGUUUAUCGGCCUUAGUUUGUGUUUCAUUAAACGAAGAUCGUUUUGGUGUCGUUCAAAAAGAUUUACGUCAAAUAGUGUCGGUAUUUCUUCAUUUAUGUAGUAACCUGGAAAGAUAUAUGCGAUCUUCCAAAGAGGAUAGAGAAUGGCAAAAUCGAGCAUGUGUUCCGCUUCAUGCAUCGAUUACUAUGGCACUAAAUCGUAUACGUUUGACAUUUUCAGAAGGAACAAUAUCAAAACUUCUGAGUCCUCAGGAAGCGAUAUAUUUUAAAAAAGUGACAUCAUUUGAUUGA